UAAAUGAGGUGGAUGGUGAAAUUGCGGGUCAGGUGAAUGCAGCUAAAUAUUACCAAAAAUAACAAUUUAAUGCCAACAGAGCCCUAAACAAAUGUCUUCUUAAAUCAAAGAUAAUAACUCAGAGACACAAACUCAUAUGGCAUAAAUGGGAAUCCGGCAGGAUGAAGGAAUGGGUAAGCCUAUUUAUUUGAACAUUGGUUGGACUCAGCAGGUGGCAUGUGGUCGUCCUCCAGUGGCCUUGGCUGUUGCUCAACUGCAAGAUGGCAGCUUCAAUCCAGUUUGAUGUGGGUACCUGGCAGUUCGACCCGGCAAAAGAGUAUUUCUUGCAUUGGAAACCACUCACAUGGAUUCUUAAACAACUGAUCACUGUAACGCCUUUCCUAAUGUUGAUGGUGAUGAUGGUCUGGAUGAGGAUGAUGAUGAUGAUGAUGAUAAUCUUGCUUAGAGUGCCGAUUCUUAGGCUCUGACUGAUAAAUUAAUUUGACUUCUUCUCUAAAAUAACUGAAGGAUGCUUCAUAGGCCGAUCGAGUUCUCCUUAGUUAACUUAGUAUGAGAGAAUUUCAAAUUAAACUUAAGUCAGGUCACGAUACUUAACUUACGAUACUAAAACCGGAACUUGUUCUAGAAGAACCUUGACGAAAGUACCCAAAAGAAAUUAAUUGAUACAGUGAAAAAUACAAAGCUACAAGAAAUAAUGUGCAACCAACUUCUCUUAUGAGGGAUGUCUUGAAGAGCGUAACACAUGAAGUAGAAACAAGCUGGUGGAGUAAGAAUAAAGUAAAGAGCUGAAAGCUUAAAGUGAAGUGAAGGAUUGAGUGUACACUCUCUUUAAAGAGUGCGUUCAGAGAGAGAUGACCUUCUGUUUUGGGCUGCCAGUGUUAACACUUUAUAAAAGAUAACAAGUCUAAAACUAAACAUUUUAAUGUUUCAAAUUGUGUUUCACAUGUCCCAGAAUGUCACCAAGGCUAGAUGUGGACUGUCUUAAACACGACUCACAUGAAACAUUAAAUCAUUAACAUUCAAAAAUAAUAGUACUUGGUUAAACACUUAACACACUUGAUUAUAUAGUAGAAAUAAUCAUUCCACAUUUUCGUUCAGUUCUCACCUAACAGCAAUAUAACAGGGAAUAUACUGUAGUGUCUCUAAAUGAGGAGUCACGAGCUGCUCAGCUGUGUUUUCUCUUCCUUUAUUUAUCUUUUGAACAUGAUCUACUGUGGACCUUAGCCAAUGCCAAAAUAAUGAAACUGGUAGCUUCAAAAGUGCACACAUCUUUCUUUCAUCAUUCACCUGCAGAUCUAUCCAACAACCCUGACCUCUCUCUCUCUCUCUCUCUCUCUCUCUCUCUCUCUCUCUAUCUCUCUCUCAGCCAAUCACCAACAAGCUAUCUUACACACUCCCUGUCAUAGGUAGCUGAAAUUGACGGACAGCCUUCACAGUUUCUGAACUUGGAAUACAUUCACUGACAUUAAGGAAAACCUAGCAGCUACCUUAACAUUAACAUUUCACCUUUGGUAUCCCACAGUGACCUACACAUAACAUAAUCACCCCUCUCACCGGGGGAAAGGCCCGGAGCGCGUGCCAGCGCAGGGGCGGGUAAAUGGGGCUGGGUGGAGGAAUUGGGGGAAAGGCAAAAAAGUUGAGUUUGUGGAGGCCAGUGCAAAAGACUCUGCUCAUCAGAGGGGGGUUGCUGGUGAAUCAGAGCCAUAUUCUGCGUCCCUUGUGUCCCGCCCCCCUGUCUUUCAGGGGAGGCCAUGCCCCGGUAGGGAGCGAGCCUAUUCCGAUGUAGGGCAACUUUCCUUCCUCUGGGUGGCAACUGGACCCUGUACACGACCUCACCCAGCAAGGCCCCACCUACUCACUGUCCAGUUUUGGGCACUUGCCCUUCUUCCUCUCCGAGCUAUACACCCAAACCUACUCUCCCACCUCAAAAUGACAACCUCUGACAGCAGCUAGCCUCUGUCAAACGUGUGUGCAGACUCCAAGCAGUCCUGGAGCCUUCUGACAUAGUUGGGACCCAGAGUGCCCACCAUCAUCUCUGCUGGGGUCUGGUUCACCCGUCCUAGCAUGAGAAGGGCAGGGGAGCAGGAAGUGGAGUCCUGGACAGCUGACCUGCAUGCCAUCAGCACAAGGGGGACAUGAGUAUCCCAGUCCUUCUGGUGUUUAGCUGUCACUAUGGCCAGCUGUUGUGCCAGCAUGCGGUUAAAUCUCUCAACUAGCCCAGUAGGACUUGUUGACUAGUCCAGUUGACUAGUUGACUAGUCCAACUAGUCCAGUAGGACUAGUUCUUUCCACCCCCUCUGCAGCACCCCAUCACACAUGCAGAUUUUCAAACAGUGACCAGAGCCCUUUUGUGGCUCAAGACAACAUGGCAACCUCUUCCCAUGUUGGUCUGUGUUGCAUAGCCACCCAUGUGAGCACUGGUCUGAUGUCAACAUCCUCUUCCUGCUUGCGCUUGCACCCCGCCACAUCCACAGCUGCCAGCUCAUUGCUGGAGGAGGCCUGCUCAGGACAUACGGCUGCGGUUGUCGUGACUUUGCCUCCUGAGCCUCCCUUUCCUCACAGUGUUGUCAGCCAUCAGUGUUGCAGGGGCAGCAGGACAGUGCGCCAGCGUUUCCAUGGCAUGCCCCUGGUCUGUGGAUGACAGUGAAGUCAUAUGCCUGUAGCUCUUCAAUCCAGUGUGUCAGCUGACCUUCUGGUUCUCUGAAAGACGUGAGCCAGUGCAAGGCCGAAUGGUCAGUCCUGUCACGAACGGUCAGGGCAAGUGGAGGCCCCCAAGGUAUACUUGACAUGGCGUAUGGCACUGACCACAGCAAGCAGCUCCUGCCUGGUAACACAGCAGCAACAUCCUGCGUUGUUGAAUGUCCUGCUGUGGUACGCCACGACUCUCUCACCCUCUGGUGUCACCUGAACCAACACCGCUGGCAUCUGUGUCGAGGAUGAAGGGCAGGGUGGGGUAAAUCCAGUAAUAAACAACAUAGAGGGCCCCUCCAGAUGUAUCUGCUAAGGGACAUUUAUGCAAAUGUAUGCAUUAUUAGAUAACAACUCAUUAAACAAACAUUUUCAGAAAAAUUAUAAUGAAAAAAAAUCUAAAUUCCUUCAUUCACAGCAAGAAGGCAUUUGAGCAUUCUCCUUAACAACUGCUAACUGUUGUUUAUUCACUUAGUUUUCUCCAAAACUACACAGUGCCCCUUUAAUGUAAUCACUAAGUAUUCAACUGGGAAAGUUUCAUGGUGAUAUUAGUUGAUAUAUUUGACAUCAUUCGCUUGUUGUGUUGUAAAGCAACAUAUUCACAAAUUUCGACUCUGAAUACAACUUAAGUAUUGUGGACAUAAGGGCUCAGAUGAAUCAACAGUUUUUAUACAGUCUUCAUAUGUGAUUUUAGGCGAUAUAACGGGCUAUUGGACAUUUCGGAUCAGACGUUCAAAGAAAAAUGUAACUUUUGAAACUAAUUAUGCUUUUAAUAAGGGAUGUGGACAAAAUCUGUCAUUUCAAAACGCGGUGGAGACAUGUCUCCAGUGUAAUGACACCUACGCCUUGAAAAAUUUCUAUUGCAAUUUGUUAAACUACAUUGUAAACUACAUUACAUGAAGUAGAAAACUAUGAAGACCAGCACUGGAGAUUGUGAAUUAUUUUUUGUAAUUUUUGGCUUAACAGAGACUUUUCGACCCAUUAUCGAAGCUAUCGCUGAUUAAUUUGAAGAUGAAUCAGCAAUAUGCAAAAACCUUAAUCCUGAUGGCGGCGCAAAGGGCAAGGUCAUGGGUGCUCAGCACAGUGACAGAUUCCCUCCUGAUGGGAGCGUGGAUGUGCGCUACAGAUUUCACUACACGAAAAUAUGGUCGUCGCUGGCACACAGAUGGAGGACGCAACUCAGCCUCCUUGGCGGAGGUUUACGUGCUUCUGUCAGUGCUGCAGGCAGGAUGGAGGCAGAGAGAGAGGGGGGAGAAAGAGGAGAGAGGAGAGAGAGAAGGGGGGAGAGAGAGAGAGAGAGAGAGAGAGAGAGAGAGAGAGAGAGGGAGGGGGUUGCGGUUGCGGCCACUCACAGUUGAUGAGGAUGGUGCAGCGGGGUUGCGCAUCGAUUCACCAACGAUGUAACGUUUGGGAGGAGGAGAGAAAAAAACCCGUCCGACCAAUAAGGCGGAUAUUGCAGUUUUACCUCUGGCACAUGUCCGAUGUCGUCAUUGGGAAACCACUAUCGCACUGCCUCGUAUUGCGUCCGUGACAGAAAAUGGAUAAGCUCGGGCUGGGAUUCCGGACUGAUGCGAUCCGUCGAUGAUUCUUUUGCUUUCCCCAUGGCUCGGAAUCCAACAACAUCCGUGCAGCACUGGAUGAAACAUGCAUGGGUCUGUCUGGACCCCAGAAACUCUCUGACUUUUUAUACACACACAGUGAUUACAAGCAAACAGAUCACAGGCAAAAUCAACAUUAAAGCAACUUGAUGGAGAUAACUAGAGCAGUCCCUUUAAGAUGACACGCACAGACCCGCCUGACAUACUGUUAUCAACUGUGCAUCAAGAUAUAAAAGUGGUCCCCAUUUCUUCACAUUACAAGUCCUUGCAACCCUCCAAACAAUGUGAUUCUAUAAAUUACUGCACACUGGAGGAUAGUAAGAGCAAAAUAAAUAAGAGGCACUGCCAUACCAUUGACUAUAAGUCACUGGAGUACCCCAAAUCACACAAAUACUCAAUGGAGUCUCCAUACAGGAAGGCUGACAGGCAUGCAGCUAACCCAGAUGUUUCCUGGAAUGCCUUGGGCCGCCAGCAGAGAUAUCGCUUUUCAGCUCCGGACAUUUUCAGCCAUAGGCUGACCCCUCAACCAAUGGCUGCAGAUAUGGCCAGUGAAGUAGUUGUCCCUGAACAGAAAAGAAGGACCAGGUCAAAAAGUGCUCCUCGAGUCCAGACCAGUCUCACCCCUGUGUCUUUUGAAGGGUCCUCAUCAUCAGGAAGAAAGGGCAGGGAGUCGCAAAGGGCUCCAAGAGACUCUCGCUGGAGGCCAGAAGUAUCACCGCGUAGGGAAUCCUCCUAUGCAGCAACAAGGGCUCAUAUGCAUGAAGUCCAUCCGAUUAAGUUGCAGCCUCAAAUGGGUGACAGUGGUAAAUAUUCACCUCACUAUGGUGCUGAUAAUUCUGAGGAUGGGGGGCUCGAUAAACCAGCACUCAGUCCUCAUGUUAGGUGUCGGGUGGAUAUCAAACCUGAUGAUGGAGCAUUACAUAAUUCAGGAAGGAAACAGGCUACGCCACAAAUGGACAUACCCUGGCAGAGGCACCACAGUGGGGGAAGUCGGAGUCUGACUGUGCCACGUCAUUUUUCCUACUCAAGAACACCAACUCCCACUGAUUCAUUAGGUACAGAGAGCAGGCAAGCUUAUCAAUAUUCCCGCAGCAUGCCAAAUAGCUACAUACAACCCAUGGAGAUUCCCUUGCAGAGAAUGCCUUCAUCAGGUGAUUACUAUGAAAGGGAACGCAGGACUCAUUCCAGUCCUAAUGUGCCAACCAAAUUUUUUUAUGCGGAUGACCCAGGAAGAUAUGUUACUACUGCCCCUCCUCAACCAAGUUCUUACUUUCAUGAUGAACGUUAUACACCAGGACAAACAUAUACUCCAAAAGUGCAAUAUGUGCAAGAUCCAAGGACUCGAAGGGUACACGCAGUAGCUACAAGACCUUAUUAUCCUGAGAUGGAGACCUAUCCAUACUCAAUGCAGUCAGGGUAUCCCAAACCUUAUGCCGCAACUGAACCAGGGCCAUACAUCAUACAGACACCUCCAGCAAGAAUAUUUUAUGGGGAUGAUCCAAGAACAUAUCAAAUACAGACUGCUCCACCAAGAUUAUAUUAUUCCAGCGACAUGUAUGCAAUGCCACCAGAGCAUCAUAUCCCAGCAAGGGCAUAUUACACAGAGGGCCGAAGGCAUGCUAGAGUCAUUCAGGCACAAACAGAUGACUGGUAUGGCUCAGAUGCAUCUGGUUACUCCACCAAUCCUGCCUCUUACGUAUCUCAAGUCACUCCAACCAGAGUCCGUCAAGAGCCUGUUUUAACACCCUGGUAUGCAAACCCAUGCGUGGAACCUCAAAGAAUUGGCACAGAUUCCAAAUCUUACUCAAGGUCCUGGGACAAUAUUCUUAACCCUCGGGUCGAGAGGGAACAACCUCUUCCUGUACAGCGGGGUCAGAGCUAUGAUGAUCUCCUUGAGUCAAGGAAGCCUGCAGCAGUCACAGGUGACAAACCACAACCAGUGGUAGUCAAUCUCUCCAGUUCACCAAGACGCUAUGCAGCCUUAUCAAUGUCUGAUAAUUCUCUAAUUGACAAAAGCCCAACAGAGACAUCAAAGAGCACUCCUGGUAAACUCUGGUUUAUGACUCCUGAGAUAACAAUCACUGAUAAUGACAUUAGACCAGGGAAACUUAAUAAGGCUGAAGGACGGUCUGCCAGUUGGGACAUUCUUGACUCCAGAAGCACUGAGGGCCCAGAACGGUCUCAGCCUGACUUUCAAAGCUCAACCAAAGAGAAGACACAUGAUAAUGCCUCACUACAGCAAAGCCUUGAACAACUUGAUGAGCUUUUGGCAGAUCUUGUGACUGAUUAUAAGCCACCCAGUAGAAGAGCAAGUGAGGACAUUCUGGAUCAACUAAAGAAGUUAAUUGAUGAGGAAGAAGCAGUAUCUCUAUCCAGAAAGAGCUCAAGGGCAGGUACAGAGGAACCAGCUCCACUUGACAAGCAGCCAACCUCAAUAAGAAUGAAUCCUGAUGCUUUUCGAGACAUGGACAGUGAUGCAAUGAAGAGUGCAGAUGAGUGCUCCCCAGAUCAGAGCCCAGAUGAGGAUGAUACAAUGAUGUGCUCUAACAACAAAUGCCGGAGGACAGAGACCCUAUUCAAUGCUUGCCUAUAUUUUAAAUCCUGCCACAGCUGCUACACCUACUAUUGCUCCCGUAACUGUCGCAGGGAGGACUGGGACAUUCAUAAAGAAAGCUGCCUGUAUGGAAGAAUUGGCAGCACAUGUCGUCACAUUAUCAAACACUGCCGGGAGACUGUUGAAGUCCACAAAGCCUUCUCCCGUAUUGCCAAAGUUGGCUACCUUUCUCGAGGUAGAGGAGUUCUCUUUCUUGGUUUUCCAAACCCUGCAUCAUCCAGUAACUUCCUGCAGUAUGGCCUGGAUAGUCUACUUAUGUCUCCUACAUACCUGUCCCUCCGAGAGCUUGAAAGCUUCAAGGACAACCUAGGGGAGUACUGUAAAGAGCUGCAGGAAGCUGGUAAAGAGUAUGACCCAAAUGAAUGUUUCAUCUUGAAUGUAUCUAUUGCUGUUGGUGACCAAUUACCUGAAGGGCCAUCACCAAGAAACCAAGCUCCAACUGUCAGAAAAUAUGCAAAGGUAGCACUGGCUUCCUUCAGCCCUGAGAGAAAGGUUCACAAGAAAGAGAGUGACAUGGAAACGCUGAUCCUCACUCCACCUCCAGGAACAGCAGAUAUCGACAAAGAGGGAGAGGAAGGCAGGAAAGCUAGGGAAAUCUGUUUCAUCAAUAUACAGCGGGAGUUAAGGAUUCGAGGGGUUUUCCUACGCCAUGAAUACCCACAGGUAUAUCAGCAGCUCUGUGAGUUUGUGGAAAGUAACAAAAGGUUUACACCCACAACUAUUUAUCCUAUUGAUAAGAGGACCGGUAAACAGUUUAUGUGCAUGAUUAUGGCUGCCUCUGAGCCCAGGACUUUGGACUGGGUAGGCACCCCUCAUCUCCUUGAUGACAUUAUUUAAGUGCACCUUUUGUUGUAAAUAUAUAUAUGUAUAGAAAUACAUAUAUAUUGUUACACAUAUUUAUAUAUCAAUCCAAUUACAAACAUUUGUAGACGAGUAUUUUGUUAUCAAAAUUAAAUAUAUUCAUGUCUGCUUGGUCAGUAUUAUUCUUUUUCAGAAUAUUUCCUGUCAGAUGCAGAAUCAGUACAGUGCAUUAUUUAUUUGAAUCUUUUUAACCAGGACAUACUUUUUAUCCACCACAAGUCAUUUAUCUGUAUUGUGGUCAUUUACUGCAACAACACAUUCCCUGUGUUAGGGAUUACCUAAACUGACAUUCUGGUAUUUUGAUUAUUUCAAAUGAUUAGUCAUGUUCUAUGUUCUUCUAAACUUAGCCUGUUAAAAUGAGAGAGUUUCUGUGGGUGUGUACAACAUUUUGUGUACGACUAUUUUUCAUAUGUGACUUUAAUGGUAUGUCAGGCAGAAAAUAUCGAACAUUAUUUUCUUAGCUACGUAAAUACUUUCUAUGCAAAGUUGCUUCAUAAGGUAAGUACCACAUUCCUGUAGAAGGAGAUGUUCCUGUUAUAGCAUAUUAAAGUAAACACAUCUGUAAAGAAAGUUUUUGUUUACAUUGAGAUCAAAUGUUAAAAGUUUUAGUUGCAACAUAAAUCCUCAUCAUAAAUAAUAUAUUAUAUUGUUAUUAUUAUUAUUAUAAUAUUAUAUUAUUACUAUAAUAAUGAAAACAGAAAAACAGAUAGUUGUGUGACUUGAAAAAUCUACAAAAAAAAA